AUGGCGCCACCGAAGAGGAAGACGAGAGGCUCGUUGGGGAAGAAACGUUCGCCGCAGCCACGUUAUUCCCAUCGACAACAUCGUAAACGGGCCGAGCUUCCACGUCGACUGCAGACCCGUCAACCUAUCGAUACGCUGGAAUUAUUCUACAGGCUGUUGAACGACGGUAAACACAACGAAGGCAAACGGGGUAGAGUUUCCCUGGGCAGAGAUCGAUUUCGCGGGAAAAUGCGGAAGUACGAAAACCACCGAGAUACCUCGUACGAUACCUCGUCCUAUCACGACAGCACGGACUCCAUGGAGGAGUCUGAGUACACAAAAUCCGGGGCAACGUCCACGGAGAACCUGUCCAGGGUGAUGGACGCCACGAAUAGCUCGUGGGCCACCGGUUCCGAGAACAGUAGCGUAUCGAAUACCUCUGUGGAGCCGAUCACGCUCGGCAGCUCGAUCAAUAACACUAGGUCGCUCCUGAAGAAGAAAUCCCUCGUGCAGAUCAUCAACAAUUACAUCAAGGCUGGCAUCGAGGAAGGCAAACGCCAAGCCAAGAAGUACAUCCGCAAGGCGCUAUCGUUCGGUAUGAAGUCCGGUUACCUAAUCCCAGCCGAUCCUGACGGUCAAGUGAUUCGAGUGUCGCCAACCCUGGUGGAAUCGAGAAGGAGCGACCCUGAGUUACGCAGGAAGCGACGAAGGGCCCGCAAGGGUGAAGAAGAACCCCCUUACGUCAAUCGCAAGGACCGUCGUCGAGGAACCCCGCUCUUGAUCACGAAGAGGAAACCUAGACGAGAGAACUCGUCUGAACCGGUGGUCCCGAAGAAGAGAAGGAAGACCUCCACGACGAAGAAGCAGGGAAUAGACUUGAAAGUGACGUAUGUGAACCCGAAAACGAAGGCUGCAGCUCGAAAGCGUCGGACGAAGGAACCAACGGAGGUUGAGAACAAGAGAGUCAUGAAGAAAAGAGAGCCAACCGUGUACUACAAACUCGCCGCGCCAAAGAACAAACGCGAGAACAGAAGGAGCGUGAACAGAACGCCCAGCAAGCACAAAAACGACACCGUGGAUGGUAGACGGAGCAACAAAGGUCGUCUAACGAAAUCCCCGCACAGAGAUAAAAACGGAAGCGACGACCCGAAGAAGAAGCAACCAGAGUUGACCGAGGACGAGGACGAGGACAGUACAAAGUCCAGUGACAAUGAACCCAACCACAUGGCCGCGACGGAGCGACGAAAGUCGGCGUCCAGUCGGGACGGCAUCCGUCAGGAUGCCGACGAGACACCAGGAUAUCCUGCGCGGGAGGUCGAGGAGCAGUUGGCGUCUACCAACAACGACGACAACGACAAGAACGCGAACGGAAACGUUGAUUAAACGGCGCGUUUUUCUAUCGGGUUUUCUCCUUCCGUUUUGGAUGAAUGUAUAUUUUGAGGAAAUUAAAUUUCCUGUGGAAUAAAAUGGAGAGAAUAUACUGGGAAUUCUUUGGUGUAGGAAUGUAUGGAGUUAGGUCUGGCAAUUAUUUUGUGUAUAUUGGGGGAUAGCUUAAUUGUUUAGAUUCUUUUUAUUUGUUUUAAAUUUGAAGGAUGGAGGUGAAAGA